AUGAAAUCAAUACCAUUGACGAUCUUAGUCUUUGCCGGAUACGACCAAUGUUCAUAUACAGCAAAUUAUCCUAUAGCCUACAAAGAAGAAAUCGUCUGUUCUGUUCAACCGUUAAUUCAUCUAUACUACCAAAGCAAUUCGAAAUGCUUUCAUUAUGCAUUGACUACACUAGCAUAUGAAGCACUCGUUAAUCAUACAGAUAUUGUUAAUCUAAAUACACGCAUUUUGUGUUGGAUUCCAACGACACUCAAACGACUCGAUCGAGCAUUGAUUGCAUACGAAACAUGGGCUCAUCGGUGCGAUCAUCCGCUGUUUAUCAUUGCUGGCUCACCACCAUCAUCUCCAGUGAAUCGUUCUGUGUAUCCAUUUCCUAUUGCUUUCAUUGCUGAUGAUAGUAUUGAGAAAUACAAUCAAUUAUCCGAGAAAGUUCUUCUCUCCUUGACUUACAUUUACAAAGAAUAUCACGAGAAAUACGACUGGUUUUUCAAAGGCGACGAUGAUACGUUCGUUAUUGUUGAAAACCUUCGUUAUUUCCUUCGACGCAAUCCUUCGAAUGUGUCCGCAUACUAUGGGUAUGUGGGACGAACUCCCGAUCGAUUCUAUGCUUUGGGUGGCGCUGGAUAUGUGUUGAGUCAAGAGGCACUGCGUCGUUUUGGUAAGGAAGUUCUCAGCAGACCCAAUCAACGAAACUUAUGUCGUACAGAUGUGGCAGAGGAUAUUAAUCUCGCUGCUUGUCUGUCACGGGUUGGCAUUACUGUGCUUAGUCUUCGUGAUCAGGAAAAACUCGAAACGUUCCAUUCGAUGACAUUCGAAUCACAUUUUGUGGGCAAUUCUACUCGCUGGAAUGAAGGAAAAAGAAAACUUGUUAUUGAGAAUGGUGACAAGUGUUGUUCACCAUGGUCGAUUUCGUUUCAUAGUCUGUCGCCAGACCAAAUGCGAAUGAUGCACUUUUUAUUGUAUCGAUUGCAGAGAGCACCAGUCUGA